AUGACAGCAAUUCCCCAUCGUUGCAAGUGGAAGAUAAUUUAUAAGGAUAGUAAUCUGUGUCAUUAAAUGAAACAAAUUCCAAAUUUGAGAACAAAUAGCUAGAGAACCUGCCUUUUUUUUUUUCCUUUUUCCUCUUUAAACAUUAGGAAAUUGGGGGAAGGGGGAUUACGUCACAAAAAUUUGAACCAUGGUUGUAUCCAUGAUCUAAGACACACCCUACCAUUGGAGCCACGGCUGCAGGUGCACAAGAGAACCCACCUUUACAAGAAAUAAAUUUGACAAUAAUAAUAUAAACCAUAAUCUUCCUUAAUAUUAUCAACAGUUAGAUCUUUACAUACACGAGUGUAAAUUACCACACGAGUAUAAUUUACCAUCCAAAAUUAUCAAGUAUAUAAGUCUCAUUGAAAUUCUAUGUGCCUUAACCAAAGAUACCACAAGGCAGCAAUAUUAAAUACUUCAUUUUCACAUAAGUGGUUCGGCGCUUGCCACAUGCUCAUCUCCAAGACUUUUCCAUUUAAAAAUUUCCAAUUGUAAGUUAUAAUCACAUCCAAAAGUUAAAAUUCAUUUAUGCAAAUUUUUAUUCAUGAACAAUGUCUUAACCAUAACACCUUAACUUAACUAAGCUUUCUAAGGCUCUGGUUCAUUCACAGCGUGUGAAUGAUGCUUCAAAUAACACAUUUACCACUUAACUUAUAUAAUGGUAGAAGAGAAACUAAUCCAAGAGAAAAGAGAAAUAGGAAACAAAGUACAACAAACACAUUUACUUAAGCAACAAUGCAACUAACAGGUUUUAACCAAUCACAUCCUUCAGAAAAGAAACAAGGUCCUUUUAAAACACAUCAUUAUGAAUUCCAUUUUCAUGAUUAGAGAAUCUAGCUUUGACCAAAGAUUAGAGAUUGCCACUGUUUCUCAUUUUCAUGUGUAUCAAGACAUGAAAACUAAAGAGUGGUUCCUCCUAAACUUCCAUCCAAUUCGAAGAGAAAUUUUAAUAGCAAGAAAGCCAUAUAAGUACUCGAAGCCAAGACCUUCAUAAAUUCAUAGGAUCAUAUAUUAUGUAUUUUUGAACUAUCUAAUUCAAUACGUGUGAGACCAAAAAUUAGGGGGAAAAGGAAGGCUCAAUCUUGAAUCUGAUUCACAGAAAUGGCAAUAGUCACUUUAGCAGUAGGGAUUUGAGUUAGCACUGAAACAAAAAAAAAAAAAUAGGGAACAGAGAACAGAAAAAACAAGGAUUCUGCAAAGGCAAACUAAAAAUAUUAGGAAAACACUAUUAGAGAGAAAAGAAAAUAAAGAAGAGAGAAGAGAAUAUACCUGUGAAAUGAUUUGAAUUUCCGUUGGGCCAUGCAACAUAACAUCCCUCCAAUAACAAAAUAGAAACAUACCACAAAAUCCAAUUGUGCACAUUUUUUCAGUGCACAUCAGGUACGUCUGGAACAAU